AUGGCUUUUGCAAGGUUGUGUAACAGACAGAUGUUUAGGACCCUCACCCUUGUCCUCAUGGGUAUGUUCCUGUCUUUAGUUCUUUGGGCGACUGGCUCUAACAGGCAGUCAUUGCCUGAUCUCAGAAUACCACAGCAGUUUUCUGAUGACCUGCCUGGCUGCAUGGUUAUCAUCAGUGGAAACGUAGAGGGCAAAAAAGGUCAAUUAGAAGCUCUUCUGGGAUCCAAGAAAAGACAGAAUCUUUUAUUGAAGGAUUUCUACUUGAAUGUGACACAAGACUGCCCAUCUUACAUCGACAAGAGAGGAUUUAUUACAACACCCCUCAGUGAGGAGGAGAAGGAUUUUCCCAUUGCUUACUCCAUGGUGAUCCACGAGAAGAUCGAGAUGUUUGAAAGACUUCUGCGAGCUGUUUACGCUCCCCAGAAUGUCUACUGUGUGCAUGUGGACCAAAAAUCCUCUAAGGAGUUCCAGAAGGCCGUGGAGGCGAUUGUGUCCUGCUUUCCUAACGUGUUUGUAGCCAGUCGGUUAGAAAGAGUAGUGUACGCCUCAUGGUCCCGCGUGCAGGCGGAUUUGAACUGCAUGAAGGAUCUGCUAGAGUCGCAGGUCCAGUGGAGGUACCUGCUCAACACAUGCGGGACGGACUUCCCCAUAAAAACCAACAGAGAGAUGGUUCAGAUGCUCAAGUUCCUCAACGGGAGAAACAGCAUGGAGACAGAGGCCACGAAUGACUAUAAAAGAGGCCGCUGGCUGUAUCAACACAAUGUGACCGACUCCGUCAUCAGGACGGACGCAAAGAAAAGUCCUCCACCUAUCAGCAGCCCCAUGUUUACUGGAAAUGCAUACUUUGUGGUCACUAGGGCCUUCGUGAAACAUGUCAUGGAGGACAAAGAGGUCCAGCAGCUCCUGGAGUGGGAAAAAGACACAUACAGCCCCGACGAGCACUUGUGGGCCACUCUACAGAGGAUGCCCUCUGUUCCUGGGUCAGUGCCCGCCAACAGCAAGUACGAUGUGUCCGACAUGCAAGCCCUCGCCCGUGCUGUGAAGUGGAGCUAUUUAGCGGGAGAUGUAAAAAAAGGAGCGCCGUAUUACCCUUGCACUGGUGAUUACAGGAGGGGAGUGUGUGUGUAUGGAGCUGGGGACCUCCCAUGGCUCUUUCAACAGCAUCAUCUCUUUGCAAAUAAGAUGGAUCCCGAGGUCGAUGAUAUCGCUAUCAGAUGUAUGGAGUCAGUUCUGCGUUUCAAAGCUUUAGGCCAUGACCCGCUGUUAACAGAUUUCAACGUUUUAUAA